AUGGGACCCUACGACCCUCCACCCCUUCUAAUCCGCCUCCUCUCCUCCCCGCUCCUCUUCCUCCUUCGCCCUCUGCACACCCUUCUCCUCCUGCUGCGUGUCCCGCCACGUACGCGAACUCCGUCACAACGGCCCAUCCGCGUCGUUUGUAUAUCAGACACGCACGAUCGCCGUUUGGACAGUGUGCCGGAUGGGGAUCUGCUGCUACACGCGGGGGAUAUGACGAAUAGAGGGACGAGGAGGGAUAUACAGGCCACAGUUGAUUGGUUGAAGACUCUGCCGCAUGCGAAGAAGGUGGUUGUGGCAGGGAAUCAUGAUGGGUGGUUGGAUAAGGGGGUUAGGGGGCGGAUUGAAUUGUCGGAGGGGGACGGGGAGGCUGGGCAGGACAAGGGAUGCAUUGAUUGGGGUGAUAUUCAUUAUUUACAAAAUAGCACCGUCACGCUGACUUUCACCACUCCUGCUGCUGCUGCUGCUGCUGCUGCUGCUGCCAGCAAUUGCCUAUCGACAGCCUCCAAAUCGCAAUGUCAAUCGCAAUGUCGAACCCUAACAAUCCACGGCGCCCCUCAGGUGCCCCAACUCGAUCCAUCCCCUCACUCAAUACACGCCUUCCAAUACCCCCCUUCACCCCCGGCCGACAACAAUACCCCAUCCACCUACCCAUACCCAUACCCAACCCCUGUCCCCCAAGCCACCGACAUCCUCCUCACCCAUUCCCCGCCCUCCCAACAUCUAGAUAACUACCCCUACUCAGUUGGCUGCCCUUACCUGCUCCGCACAGUCUGGUCCGUCCGUCCAAUCCUGCACGUCUUCGGCCAUGCACAUGUCGGCCGCGGUGUGGAGAGGGUGUAUUACGAUAAGGCGCAGGAGGCAUGGGAGGCGCUUUGUGCUGCUAGGGAGGAGAGAGGAGUGUUGUGGGAGAAGGGGAUGAGGGGGGUUGUGUGGUGGGUGUUUGUGAAAGGGGGUUGGUGGAGGGAUUUGCUUGGCCUUGAUGGGGUGUGGGGAUUGGCGGGGAGGGUGAUUUGGGAGGGGGUUAAGGCUGUGAUUUGGGGGAAGGUUUGGCGGGGUGAGAGUGGGUUGGGGAGGGAGGGGUGGAUGGUUAAUGCGGCUUGUUUGGAUGCGAGGGGGGAGAGGUUGAGGGGGGCAACUGUGAUUGAGAUAUAA